AUGACGAAGAUGGAUAUCCGUGGUGCGGUGGAUGCAGCUGUUCCAACCAACAUUAUUGCUGCCAAGGCUGCAGAAGUUCGCGCGAACAAAGUGAACUGGCAGUCCUACCUGCAGGGACAGAUGAUUUCUGCUGAAGAUUGUGAAUUCAUUCAAAGAUUUGAAAUGAAAAGAACUCCUGAGGAGAAGCAAGAAAUGCUUCAAAAUGAAGGCAGUCAGUGUGCUAAAACAUUUAUAAACCUGAUGACUCACAUCUCCAAAGAACAGACAGUUCAGUACAUAUUAACUAUGAUCGAUGAUAUGUUGCAGGAAAAUCAUCAGCGUGUUAGCAUUUUUUUUGACUAUGCUAAACGGAGCAAGACAACUGCCUGGUCCUACUUUCUGCCAAUGUUGAAUCGCCAGGAUCUCUUUACUGUUCAUAUGGCAGCAAGAAUUAUUGCCAAAUUAGCAGCUUGGGGAAAAGAAUUGAUGGAAGGCAGUGACUUAAAUUACUAUUUUAAUUGGAUAAAAACUCAGCUGAGUUCACAGAAACUGCGUGGUAGCGGUGUCGCUGUUGAAACAGGAACAGUCUCUUCAAGUGAUAGCUCUCAGUAUGUGCAGUGUGUUGCUGGGUGUCUGCAGCUGAUGCUUCGGGUCAAUGAGUACCGCUUUGCCUGGGUAGAAGCAGAUGGGGUAAACUGCAUAAUGGGAGUUUUGAGCAACAAAUGUGGCUUUCAGCUCCAGUAUCAAAUGAUUUUUUCAAUAUGGCUCCUGGCGUUCAGUCCUCAAAUGUGUGAGCACCUGCGGCGCUAUAAUAUCAUUCCUGUCCUGUCCGAUAUCCUGCAAGAAUCUGUCAAAGAGAAAGUGACAAGAAUCAUCCUUGCAGCAUUCCGUAACUUUUUAGAAAAAUCAACUGAAAGAGAAACUCGCCAAGAAUAUGCUUUGGCUAUGAUCCAGUGCAAAGUUCUCAAACAGUUAGAGAACUUGGAACAGCAAAAGUACGAUGACGAAGACAUCAGCGAAGAUAUAAAAUUUCUUUUGGAAAAACUUGGGGAGAGUGUUCAGGAUCUUAGCUCCUUUGAUGAAUACAGUUCAGAACUUAAAUCUGGAAGAUUGGAAUGGAGUCCUGUGCACAAAUCUGAGAAAUUUUGGAGAGAAAAUGCUGUAAGGUUAAAUGAAAAGAAUUAUGAACUUUUGAAAAUUUUGACAAAACUUCUUGAAGUAUCAGAUGAUCCACAAGUCUUAGCUGUUGCUGCUCAUGAUGUUGGAGAAUAUGUGCGGCAUUAUCCCCGAGGCAAACGGGUCAUCGAGCAGCUUGGUGGGAAGCAGCUGGUGAUGAACCACAUGCACCAUGAAGACCAGCAGGUUCGCUACAACGCUCUCCUGGCUGUGCAGAAGCUCAUGGUGCACAACUGGGAGUAUCUUGGCAAACAGCUCCAAUCUGAGCAACCUCAGACCGCUGCUGCCCGAAGCUGA